AUGGAUGCAAAUGAUAAAGAUUUCAUUGCUUUAUUCUGCCGAGUUAUACUAUUCUACAUUUUUUCAUCCAAAUCCUGCUAUGCAAUUUAUAACAUAACUUCAUCUCAUGCAUUAUCUCAGGGCCAAACUCUGGUCUCCUCCAACCAAAUUUUCGAGCUAGGCUUCUUUAGUCCCAAUAGCUCUGCAAAUACGUACGUGGGAAUCUGGUAUAAGAAAUUCUCACCCUUUACAGUUGUGUGGGUGGCAAACAGAGACAACCCCGUUACAGUUGCAGACUCUCCACCAAGUCUAACCAUUGGCAGCAAUGGAAAUCGAGAGCUCUUGGAUAGAAACCGCAACUCUGUUUGGUCUACCAAUGUCAAAAUCCGAUCCAAUAAUAGCUCAGUGGAAAUUCUUUCUGAUUACGGAAGCUUAAUACUCAAAGAUGAUACACAGAGCUUAUGGAAGAGCUUUGAGCAUCCUGGGGACACAUUCUUACCAGGAGCAGAGUUGGGUCGUAAUGUCAAAACUGGGGAGAGUUUUGUGUUGACUUCGUGGAAUAGCAAUAGUGACCCUUCAGUUGGAGAUUUCACUUUUGGAGUUUCCAAAACGAAACCACCAGAAGUUGCCAUUUGGAUAAACGAAUCGAAGAAGAUGCAGAAGAAGGAACGAUACGUCUCCAAUAUAAUUGGGACUACAACAACUCCGAUAUGA